AUGCUUAAUUGUUAUUCUAGUGAAGAUCGUAUUCGUAAUGGUUCAAAAAAAUUAAUAAAAGCUCGAACAACAACUCAACAAGGUCGUCUUGAUACAUUCUUUUCAGUAUCUCGUACUAUUUCGACGGCAGUACCAACUGUUAAAAAAACUGAAAGUCCAAUAGCUGCUAACAAAGGUCUUAAACGUAAAACUGGACCAACAACUGAUAAUAAACCAAAAGGAAAAGCCGGUGCUGGUUCAACUAAAAAACCUAAAGUUAAAUAA